AUGGAUGGUUCACGGUGGACAGGCGCUUUUGCACGCGUUAAACCAUUUCGCAUGACGUCCACCCCAGCCAUUUAUACCAUCUUGUUUUACACAGCGUGUUGCUGCCUCUCCGUCAAAACAACGAUCUCGCUACUAACAAUGUAUAAGGAUUCGCAGAACUACCAUCAUUCUCUCCAAAUUUUGAUGUUAAUGCCGUAUCUGAUCCAGAACUUUGUUAUCCCGAUAACGUAUUGGCAAAAAUCAGGUCAAAUCCUGGAGUACAUAGCCUUGUGGUCUAAGUUCGAGGUGAUGGAAUCAUUGUGA